CCUUCUUAUCAGAGAGCUUAUUUUUUACAUAAAUUUUAUCAACACUUUUAUUUUUUUAAUAUUAAAAAUUUAAAAGGAUCGCACCUCUCUCAUUCUCGGUUACAUUUAAAAAGUUGACGAGUAAGAAGUUGGAGAAAUGCCGCACUAAUCUCAAAGCGUGUGCUGUGACGCGGCGAAACUACAUUAGACUUAACUGCUGAAGAUCUAACCAACUAUAACCGUUUCCCUGGUCCUCAGUGGUAUUUCUCCACGGUUCUACGUCUCGUUGGUCACUCACUCUCUCUCCCUUUCUUUUAAGACACAAUAAUGUCAAAGUCCCAAGCCCAAAAGAAAUCGACAAUUAAGAAGGUGACCGGCUACCUCCGCCGCACCCUCUUCUCCUGCUUCUCCGCCACAAAGACUACCUCUUCCUCCUCCACCACCACCACCACCACAACCACCACCACCACAACCAUGACCAAGAACCGCGUCAGCUUCUCCUUUCCCGACCUCUUCCGCGGCCACCAUGCGGAACAACCCCCUCAAGAACCCCAAGAAGAGGACAGCCUCAUCGACGCCGCCGCCGCCUCCGAAACCCCUCCCCACCACCAUCGCCACCGCCGCCGCCACCAGGGUCCUCCGCCGACUCCCUCCCGCUCUGUGAUCGUGGGCACCAUCUUCGGCCGCCGCCGCGGGCGCGUCUCCUUCUGCGUCCAGCGCGAUCCCGCCGUGCCCCCUCCCUUCCUCUUCGAGCUCUCCAUCCCCACCCACGCCCUCGCCGCCGAGAUGCAUUCCGGCCUCCUCCGCGUCGCCCUCGAGUGCAACCGCUGCACCUCCUCCUCCGCAUGGUGCCGAUCCUCCGCCGUGUGGAAGGCCUACUGCAACGGGCGCAAGGUGGGCUAUGCGGUGAGGAGGCGGCCGACGGAGAGCGACUCCAGGAUCCUGGAGUCGGUGCGGCUGAUGUCGGCUGGGGCAGGGGUGCUCUGCCCAGCGGAGGAGGAUAAGGAUAAGGCAGCGAAGGAAGGGGAACUCAUGUACAUGAGGGCCACCUACGAGCGUGUUGUCGGCUCCCGGGACUCGGUCUCGUACCACCUCAUUAACCCCGGAGGCGGUGCCAGCCGUAGCCCGCCGCAGGAGCUCAGCGUCUUCUUGCUGCGGACCGGCUGAUAAAGAAGACAUUUCUAUAGAUAUUCAUUUGUAUAGCUCGGCGCCUUCGUUCGUUUCGUUUCUUAGCCGGUGUUCAGUGUUAGAGGAUCUGUUAGUUUCGACUUCAGGCGAUUCCAAUUCGUGUUUUAGUUUUCUUUUUUUCUUGCUUUGUUUUGUUUUCUUUUUUUUUUUCUCGAGACAGAUAAAGAUCAUUAGGAAAAUAGAAGAGUAGUUCGUUUCUCCGUAUCUCUCUUUGACCUGGUCCUAUUUUCUCCUAGGGCGUUUAAGUCUUGUCAUCGUCGACUAGUGGUUCGUUUCUAAGAGAAAA